UUAAUACACAAUUCUGUCGCCCCUGACUGUCCAGCAACAACACCAACAAUAACUACAAGAACAACAACCACGCAGGCACUAUCCCACCAAUUCGCAGCCUCGUCGGCCAGCUUGACCAAACGUCAAAUCGACCCUCCUUCGGCCUCGUCUGGACUCCGAGGUUAAUAUUCAACCCAUACUACCUUCUGCAGAGAGCACCCAUAUACAGCUGCCUCUCUCGACGAAGGUCGGAUGAAUAAUCGAUAAUGUCAACUGCUAGAUCCGAACACUUGUCUCUUGGCUACCCACCCAACAGUGCCAACGGCCAAGGUCACUCCACCUCCCCGACGACGAGCACUUCCCAAUCGCCCGGCGAAUCGACGGUCCGCUCACCAUUUGGCAUGUCCGGCACCCUGAACCCUUCCGGGAAAAUGGCAGGCAGCGCGCGAUCAGGGGCUGGUUCUCCAUCGCACGAUAUGCCCGGCUCAGCCAGGCUGUACUCCAAGCGAGCUCGCGAGAUUCAGGCUCAAGAAGGCCUGCCCAUUAACCCAUGGGCCGGCCCGCCCACAAGCGGAAACUCGACUCCUCUCCGCGAGAACAUUCCCGAGUCCCCCACCGAUGGGUUCCCCGACUUUGCCCAACUCCCGACUCCUGACAGUUUGCCGCAGACAAGGCGCGCUCGGGCCGGUACCGUCCCAUCCCGGUUCCCUGGCGGGCCCGUCGGCAAUGGCAUGCUCAACGUCCAGAACCUGAAUUCACAGUCUUCGCGCCCUACGCCUUCUCACAGCCCCUUCAACAAGACGCCUUCCCCUGGCUUGACCGAAGCCUCGGAUCCCUCGAGAUCAUCCACCCUGCUCUCGAGACUCCGGGCGGGAUCUAUGCCCCAGCGCAGCCCCUUCUCCAACAACAUCCCGGGCACCAACUCGCCUUUCGGGCCCUCCAUUUUCAGCAGCUGGAACCCCACAGGCCGUGACAGAGGCAAUACUCUCGCUAGUAUCGCGAGUGUUGGAUCCAACGGACCUAGUUCCCCUGCGCAAUCUGCAUUCUCCAAGGAAGGGCCUGGAGAGAACGAUGUCCACAUGAGGACGCUUGACUACCUGGGUUUGGCUGAAACCCCCCAACCCGUUCGUGCGCAACUGGCAACCCCGUACCUCCCGGGCCUUGCCGACUUCACGAAGCAGGCAAACCGUUUCCGGUCGUACUCGGUGAACAACAAGGACAAAUACGCCGAGGAGGAGGACGACGAAUACGACGAUGGUAUGGGCCCAGAGAGCCAGUAUGCCGCCAUGAUCCAGGGUCAACUUGCUGCCACCCAUGCCGCUAUUCACGAGCAUAACAUGAACGUUCAAACACUGCAGGCCCUGGCAAACCAAUCCAUGACGCGCCCGCGAGCUCGCACUGCUGGUGUGCUUGAUUUAACUGGAGCCGGAUCGCGGGGCAUGCGCAGCUUCUAUCCUACUCCAUCCCGGCUCGAUAACUCGAUUUCCGCAGCAGACAUGCGAUUGAACGAGGACAAGGAGUAUGAGGAACUUCCCCAAGCGGUGGCCGCCAUGAACCUGGGUAGAUCGAGCAGCCGUAACAACGGACUGUUGACAGCCGAGGAAGCAGGCAUUGAGGGCCCCACGCCUGCCUUGUGGCUCGGUAGCAUUCCCACCUCGACGACCACGUCCACCUUAACCGAGAUGUUCAAGCAAUACGGUCCGAUUACGUCGGCUAGGGUCUUGACGCACAAGAACUGUGGUUUCGUCAAUUUUGAGAAAGUCGAAAGCGCGGUUGCCGCAAAGGCGAACAUGAACGGGAAGGAGAUCUUUCCAGGGGCCGGCCCCAUCCGUAUUAACUACGCAAAGCCGCUCUCCGCUUCCAACACCCCUGGCCACGAUGGCGUCUUCCCAUCGCCUAGUCCCGACCCCUUUACCAAGGGACAGGAUGCUAAUGCUUCGGGUGCCGCGGGGCCUGCGGCUGAGGCAACCACGCUGUCAACAAAUGCUGUGCCGAAGAUUGCUCCUCUGCACGAGAUGACGGCAGAUAUUCUCCAAAUUAUCAAGUCCUUCGGGGCCUCGGACGAGGAUGCCUACAGAAUAUCGCACACCCUGAACUUGGCUAUUUCGUACAACGGUCAUGUCGACGAGAUCCCUGCCAUAAGGGAGCCCACCCACACUCGUGUUCAUGAUGCACCCAAGCUCAGGGAUAUCCGAAAGAGAAUUGACAACCAGAGUCUGUCUCAAGCUGAAAUUGAGAAUAUCGCCGUCGACAUGCUCCCAGAGAUCGCCGAGCUCUCUUCGGAUUACCUCGGCAACACCGUUGUUCAGAAGCUGUUCGAGCACUGCUCUGACGACCUCCGGGAUGCUAUGCUAGCUGAGAUUGCCCCACACAUGGCAGAAAUUGGUGUUCACAAGAAUGGCACAUGGGCGGCGCAGAAGAUCAUCGAUGUGUGUAAGACACCUCAUCAGAUGAACUUGAUUGUCGAGAACAUCCGUGCCUACACCAUCCCGCUGUUCUUGGAUCAGUAUGGCAACUACGUCUUGCAAGGAUGCUUGAAGUUUGGCUCGCCAUUCAACGACUUCAUCUUCGAGACCAUGUUGAGCAAGAUGUGGGAUGUUGCCCAGGGCAGAUAUGGUGCCCGGGCUAUGCGCGCCUGUCUCGAGAGCCACCAUUCUACCAAGGACCAACAGCGACUGCUGGCUGCUGCCAUUGCGCUGCACAGUGUACAACUGGCAACGAACGCGAAUGGAGCUCUGCUGCUGACCUGGUUCCUCGACACCUGCACCUUCCCACAGCGACGCAGCGUAUUGGCUCCCCAGCUGGUACCUUACCUGGUCCACCUGUGCACGCACAAGGUUGCCUAUCUCACUGUUCUCAAGGUGAUCAACCAGAAGGCUGAAGCCGAAGCCCGUGAUACUAUCCUGAAGGCGCUGUUCUUCACGCCCGGAGAUCAAGUCCUCGAAGCAAUCCUGAGCGACCAUGCGUGUGGUGCAACCUUGAUCUUCAAGGUCCUUACUACGCCAUUCUUCGAUGAGAGCAUAAGAAGCCAAGUCGUUGAGAAUGUCAGGAGCGUCCUUGUUCGCAUCAAGGCUCAACCAAACCAGGGUUACAAGCGUCUCAUGGACGAAGUUGGUCUGUCUACUAGGAAUGGGGGUGGCUCUCGUGAUCAUUCUGCCAACAAUGCUUCGGCCGAGCGACAACGGCCUGCGUCCAGGCAGGCUCAAGUACAGGCACAUGCGCAAGCCAACGCAGCUGCCGCCCAGCAAAAUGCUCAGUAUGGAAGUCAGUACAUGAAUCCUCUGAACCCUGGCAACCCCCCUAGUAACUUCGAUAUGGGGUACGCGAUUCCGAGGAGCGAGAGUGUCGAGCCACCGAUGGCGCCGUUCCAGCAAUACGGAUCCCAGGGUCCCAUGUUCAAUGGCAACAAUCCCUCGAUGGUCCCCAAUCUCCAGCAGCUGCAGUGCUCCAGCUGGAUUUGCUCCUCCCGGCUUUAACGUCCCCAUGGGUAUGGGAGGCUACGGUUACGGCAUGGGUGGCGGUAUGCCGAAUAUGCCUUACAUGCAAGAGCAACCUGUCAACACGAGGCGUGGACGCAGAUGAUUCGACUAGAUCAUCUUACCCUCAUCACACGUGCUUCGUGUUUUGGGUAA